GCGUGCAUGUGCAUGUGUGGUGGUGUGUGUUUGUGUGUGUGUUCAUCUGUAUGAUGUAGAGGGAGAGGAAGGGGCGUCUGCGCUUCCCUUUCCAAGAGAGAGAGAGAGAGAAAGAGGGAGAGAGAGAAAGAGAGAGAGAGAGAAAGAGAGAGAGAGAGAAAAGUUUGGUAUUUUUCCUCCCUUGACUCUUUUUUUAGGCAUGAACGCCGAGACCUGCGUUUCAUACAGCGAUAUGACAUCCAUGGAUUCAUAUUAUAGCCCCUCUGCAGCGCAAGGUAGGGAUCACCAGACGGACCACUUUAGGACAUUCCCAGCCACUGACACCAAAUACAGCCCCACUGCCUUCCUGCCCAACAAAGGUCAGGCUUACGGAGAAAAGUCCCGGAGCCCCUUCCAGCAGGAGUGCCAGUCAUUGGAUGCCGCUGCAGCUGGGCAAAGCACUUUCAGUAAAUACCACCUGUUUAUGCAGAGGUCUUCUUGCAAAACACCCCCCGAGGACGGCAAACUGCACCAGGAGAGGGGACACAACGGAGCGCUCAUCCCGUGCUAUGGUAAAGACAGUUCAGGUCUGACAGACUCUGAAUUGGCCCCGGACUCUGACGCACCUGGAAUGGACACCAGUUACCUGGCUGUGAAGGAUCAAGGUGUCAAAGCGGCCUCUGACAGGCUGCCAGGCACCGACUUAGCAAGCCCUCUGGACAAGGCCGAUGGCGGCGAAAGCAACAAAGGCAAGAAGAGACGCAACCGCACGACUUUCACAAGCUACCAGCUGGAAGAGCUGGAAAAGGUUUUCCAGAAGACGCACUAUCCUGAUGUUUACGCUCGGGAGCAGCUCGCACUGAGGACCGACCUGACUGAAGCUCGUGUGCAGGUGUGGUUCCAGAACCGAAGGGCAAAGUGGAGAAAGAGGGAGCGUUUUGGUCAGAUGCAGCAGGUCCGAACACACUUCUCAACAGCUUAUGAGCUGCCUCUCCUGACACGUCCUGAGAACUACGCACAGAUUCAGAACCCUUCUUGGAUCGGCGGGAGCAGUGCGGCAUCCCCUGUGCCGGGCUGUGUUGUACCUUGCGACACAGUGACUCCCUGUAUGACCCCUCACCCCCACUCUGCCAGCGGGGUGUCUGAUUUUCUGGGUGUACCAAGUCCUGGAGGUCAUGUGGGACAGGCUCACAUGGGCAGCCUGUUUGGAGGAUCUCCUGGCAUGGCUGCAGGCAUCAAUACGUACGAUCUCAACAUGGACCCAGACCGCAAGUCCUCCAGUAUCGCCGCUUUGCGCAUGAAGGCCAAAGAGCACAGUGCAGCCAUAUCUUGGGCCACAUGAUGUGUUGAUAUGUCACGGAUGGGGGGGGGGGGCGACCUCGUUGACCCCUGAAACUAAACAUGGCGUGAGGAGGCACUAAAAUCCAAAAAUUAUAAAGGCAACAAUGACUACCUUUAUAAAUGUUGCAAUAAAAUAAUUAUGCAAAUACACAGUUGGGUGAAGAUUACUCCAAGAGAAAAUAACGAGAGAUUUGGCAUAAGUGGCACAGCACCGCCAUGUUUCUCAACCCCUCUGGUGGGAGAAAGCAACCACAGUUGGCGAGUGAGCUUUGUGGAAAGCCUGGUGGGAGGUGAUGCUGUACUGUAUAACAGGAGUUGCAGUGUUUUACUGACAAUAGGCAAAGGAAAAUCUUAGGAAAAGUUUAAGAAUUUCAAACAAAUCCAUGCACUUAUUUGCUAAAAGACAGGAAAUUCUGUUUGUACAGUGCUUUCAGUGUCAUUGUAGUUCUUUGUUCAGGUGCUGUUUUAUUCUUACGGUGUUAUUUAAAUUUUGAGUGUUAUUGUGUUUUUCCCUCCAGUCAUUUUGUCACUGGGUUUCAUUUGACAAAUAGUUCAGCAAGCAUCCUUAAAAAACUGAAAUUCAGAUUUAGUUGUUAUUUGCAAUGUACAUAUUAUUUUAAGGCAAUCUUUAUCAGCAUUAACCCAUGCUUAACUUAAGUCAUGCUGGUGCGAAGAUAAAGCCACAGAAAACUGUUUAGCCAGCAUAUCCAGCAUAUCACUCACGUUAUGAAGCUUUUCACAUCCAACACAAACAUUAAAAUAACCACCUCUGGGUUUGUAUUUCAGUAACUGCAGAACUUAGAAGUGCUUUUCCCCCUCUAGCAUUUAAAAGUCAAACAGAUGAAAUGUGGUUUGUUUCAGUGCGGUGAGGGUGAGAGAUCCACCUGCCGCACUGACUCAGCCUGCUGAUGGCCAGAGAAAGGAAGGGAUGGAGGAGGAAGUAUAAGAGGGGCACAGCAGGCCUGCUGGUCUCAGGGCUGAAGAGCCUGGGAGCGCCAGCCUCCCAACAGAGCCAGCUCUGUUUUUCAGGAGGACAGACUCCAAGUGGACAUGACUGUGCCCUUUGCAUUUCCAGUCUCAGGAGUUUCAGAGAGAGAAGUGCCUACUAGUCAGUCAGACUGCCAGAAAUAACAGCGAAACCAGCAGCUACCACCUUUGAAACAGAGGCGGCUGGUGGAGAUUAUACAGAGUGUGUUGACACUUUUAAACACUGAAAGGAUGUCAGUGUUCAACAGCCUUUUCUGGACUCUCUGGACUUUGGCUGUCAAAGCUGACCAGUAAAUGCACAUGGCAUCACUGGCAUACAUGUUGUGUUUCUUUCUCUUUUUCUCUCAUUAUCCCUGUCAACACCAAACAAAGGAAGCCAUCAACCAGAUUCAUGAAGAGUUACAUCUAUCAACUUCAGUAAGGAUUAAUUGCAUCUCAGUUGGACUUGGCACCGUGGACAACUAAGCACAGUCUUGAGAAAAUGUCAACUUCAUCCUACAUUUUCAGACCCCCAUAAGUCAUAUUUUACCACAAAACAUGUCUCUCUUCAUCACAUAUACACCUAACGUAUCUAAAUGAUGCUGAAUGGUGGUAUUCAAUCUUUCAAUAUUUGAGCGAGGCAACAGGAAGAGUCAAGGGGAUUUCUAUGGGAAUAAUGAGGUACUAUCAAGGCCUUAUUAUUAGGCGGGCACAGAGGGCAACUGACCCCUGACCCUAAACUCCCAGAUUCACUCUGUCAGUUGUUUUUUGGUAAUUUGAUUACUUGCAAAUUUGUUUGUGAUUUUGCGCAGAUAAAGUGCAAUAUCAGCUGGGUUAUUAUGAAAUCUUGUGGUCUUAUCUUGUAAAGGGGCCAUGUGUCAAAAAUCUGGUACUAAAGCUUUAAUUAUUCUAAUUUAUAACUUGCCCACAUAGGGUGUAAUGCUAAAGAGAGAGGCGAUUAAUCAAAUAACUGCAACAAACUAAUUGACAAACAGAAGUCCUGGGAUCAUUUAGAUAGGUGUAUCGGUGUAUCAGUAUAGGUGUACUGGUCGGUUUCUGAGUCUCUGGAGAAAAGACUGUGAAUCUGUACUGUGCUGUGUGCACUGUCCUUGAAGGGAACAUGGAGGCAAUGGGGGCCCAACAGCAACUACCAACCUCAAACAGGCUGAUAAUUGCCAUGGUUUAGAUAAUUGUUGCUCAGAUAUCAUGCAUGAUAUCUGAGCAGUACCUGUUUUAGUACAACCAUGAACAUGUCAGAGUAAAGGAAUCGUGUUUCAGCCUUUACUCCUUGUUUACUUCCAUCUAGGCUUGGAAUGAUAUGACUUGUGUUUGCGUCUCUCUGGAAAGAGAGGAGGAGGGGAAAGGUAGAGGUUAAAGUGAGCUGGAACUAGCCAAAAAUGAGCGUGAUCUCUCUGAGCCCCAAUCAUAUCAUUAUAUCCACAUCCUCUUAUCAUUUAAAUAUUCAAAUAUUUUUUUCCCUGGUGACUGCCUCCUCCAGUGACAGAAAUAGAAGAUGAAGGUUACGGAUGAAGUUAUGCAUGUUCUUCCUUUGUUUGCAAGGCCGGAUUUAGGCCUUAAGCAUAACAAGGGUUUUGUGGUUUCGAAAAGCAAACCCGAUACCCUGCGCUACACCUUCAGGCAGAGAAACCAUUGCUAAUUCUCUAAACCGAACCACAUUCACUGUCCUUCUGGGCAGGUAAGAGAAGCAAGGUGCAGGCUAUAACCUGUCAGCAGAUCAGAUCACCCCAAAGUCAUUCAAAUUACAUCCAGUUCUACUCUCCGGUCUAAAUCCAAGGCAUAUGCAUAAUCCCGACUAAAGAGGUCACGUCUCAAAACUGAGAGGGUCUCCUUGCAAAUGUGGACAUGGGGCCCCCUUUGCUCUAGCUGAGGGGUUGGACGGAGGGCGAGCUGUGAGGGCGUCUGCUGUGUUCCGGUGUUCUGGGAAAAGGACAGUGCACACAGCUGCGCUCAGGGGGUAAAUGCAAAACAAACAUGCCUCACACAUGCUUCCCCCUCAGCUGUCAUGGCUCUGCUUUCAAAGAUUCACCCCCGCCUCCUCAUCACCCACCUCAGCACACACAUACACAUCGCACUGUCGCUGUCCUUUUGCUCAUUUGUCCACCGGCCCAAAGCUGCCCCCCCCCCACCCCCACACACACACACACCCCCACUUUGCAGGGUCCAAGGCACAGCCGCACGGCCAACCCAGGAAGGCUUUUUAAUUAACACUGAGCCAUGUGGAGGCUGUGCACUGCAGUAUUGUGUGUCAGGACAGACAGGGCCGUCUGUCUUCUAGUUGGUUUAAUGUAGACUGUUACUCUGCAUAGUGCACACAGACAUACUGGCUUUCAGUAGCUCAGGUUUAGACAAUUCAACUCACUGUUGUCACUCCUCUCUGGGUAUUUAAGUUUCUUUAUUCUUGGAUCUCCACUCAUGUCUUCCUCCACCAGGAACCACAGAUACUGUAUCUACCCCUUAAAAACUUGUUAAUACAAGACUAGCUUUACAUAAAAAAAAGCCUCUUCCUCCUGUAUGCUGCACAACUCCAUCUCUGAGUGAUGUCAUCGGCCAUUUUUCUAAUUUUCUAAUACUACUGAAGUCAGGCAACCAGUAUAGGAGUAAAUAUAUGAUAAAUAUGUGUGCUGUUGUGUGCAUGUGCAUUUUUGUGCAUGCAAAAUGAACUGAAGUGUUAUAAAACUCUUGGAAAUGUUACUAAUUAGAUGUUUUGUUUUUAUUUUGUGAGACAAUUUAUCGAGCAUUCAAGCGUAUCACCUUUUUUUCAUUUGGUGGUACAUGGUAAAAUUGUAUUUCAAAAGUUGUGUUUGAACAUUGUUUUAUUCUCUUGAUAUGUUAAUUCUUAUGAGUUUCAAAAGGUUUUCUCACGUUGUUGUGGCUUCAAGCUGUCUUUUGAAAUGAGUGUAUGAAUUUACUAAUUCUUGUUACAUUUUGUGUGUGAUUAAAGUACAAUAAGUUAUUGCACUUCUACUCAGAA